AUGUCGCUGAAUAGGUGCUAUGACAUCACCUCUCUAGCGUCGCGUGGUGGACGCGAUCGCGGCGCCUCCGCGUCAACCAUCGAGGUUUCAUCGCCUUGGCAGGUACCGUCGCGGCACAUCACCCCGCAAAAGUGUACAAGCUCUGAUCUAUCGAGUUAG